AUGGACGCGGGGUUCCUGAGCCCCCAGCUCUACGGGGGGGACCUCCUCUACCCCAGCGUGCGCUGCCUCGGGGAGUUCGUGUCCCGGUGCGCCGCGUGUCCCGUGCUGCGCUGCUCGUGGGAGAGCGCGGCGACCCUGGGGAUGCGAACCCGACCCGGCCACUACCACCGCCUGCGUGCCCGCUACAAGAGGCAUGACCCCCCUUCUCCCCCAGAUGAGGUCACGUGGCCCCGGGUGCGGGUGUUGGGAGGGUGGGGCCCGUGCCAGGGCCACUUGGAAGCGCUGCAUGCUGGGAGCUGGAGGGGAGUGUGCGCCCAGGGGCUGGACGCCUCGCUCACCUGCGCACAGCUGCAGUGUCCCACGGACGAGGUGAAGGUCACGGAGAGGGAGUUCGACCCCGCGGCCCUUGACCCCGACCCCUACCGCUGGGUGGCUCAGGCACCCUGCACGGGGGAGCGGGGGGAGCGCGGGGAGCAGGCCACCCACAGGUGCAGGGACCUCCUCGCGUGGGGCGAUGUCUCCACGUGUCCUGGGAACCGCAGCGCCUUCAUCUCGUGCCGUGAGAGGAGUGGUCCCAUGCUGGCAGUCAGCUGGCUCAUCGUGAGCACAGCCAUUGUGAGUCUGCUCGCCCUACUCGCCCUGCGGCUCGUGGAGUGGCGCCCUGGCCUCCUCUCCUCCGUCAAGGGGGGCCUCUCCGCCACCCGCGACCGCCUUUGUCUCUCCCGCUCCCGGCCCAGAGACCGCUACUCGCACCCCAAUCCCGCGAGGUGGCGCGGCUCGCUCGAUUACGAGGCCCCUGGCGGAGCUCACAGCGGGACCCACGGUGGAGCUCACAGCGAGACCCACGGUGGAGCUCACAGCGAGGCUCACGAUGGAGCUCACAGCAGGACCCACGGUGGAGCUCAAAGCGAGGCUCACGGUGGAGCUCACAGCGGGACCCACGGUGAGGCUGAAUGGGAGACCCAAGGAGGUGCUCACAUUGGGGCCCACGGUGGAGCUCACAGCGGGACCCAUGGUGGAGCUCACAGCGGGACCCAAGGAGGCGCUCACAUUGGGGCCCAUGGCAAGGCUCAAUGGGAGGCCCACGGUGCAGCUGAGAGUGGGCCCCAAGGUGGAGCUCACAGUGGGGUCCCUGGUGGAGCGGCUCCUGGUGGAGGGGCCCCUGGUGGAGGGAGCCCGAGCCGAGUCGACCGCUACAGCGUGACCCCCGUGGAGGAGAAGGAGCGACUCGACUCCGGGUCCUCGAUGCUCUGCGACCUCGCAGAGCUGAACGGGCUUCUCUCGACCCACGGCUACCGGCUGGACAACUCCCUCACCCCGCCCCCCGGCUACCUGCAGGCGCUGCGCACCCUCACCAGGCCUCACCCCCCGGGGCUCACCCCGCCGCCCUCCUAUCUACAGGCGCUGCGCAUCCUCUCCCGCCCCAUGCUGGUCCCCCUCGCCAUGCACGACCCCGACCAGCGGCAGGACGAGGAGGAGGAGGAGGAGGAGGCCGAGGGGGGCAACGACGAGGGGCAGGGGUUGCUGGCUCGCCCCGUGAUCGUGCACUCCGCUCAGCCCGGCAGGGAGUCGCUCCUGUAGCUGCGCGCGGCCGCCCUCUGUCUCGUAACUCCAAAUCACUCAAUCCCCACGACAUGAACGGCCGCCAUUCGCCACUCGGUGACGACGACGUCACCACGGCGCUUGUGCCAGGCUCUGUGCACUCACACUCACAUACAGCAGCAUCGCCCCCCCCCCCCCGCCUGCUGUGAAAGCAGCGCAGGCUUGUGCCUCGCGUGAAACACAGCGGCGCCUUCCUGCGCUACGAUCGCCUUGCUGCGCUACGAUCGCCUUGCUGCGCUACGAUCGCCUUGCUGCGCUGCGAUCGCCUUGCUGCGCUGCGAUCGCCUUGCUGCGCUGCGAUCGCCUUGCUGCGCUGCGAUCGCCUUGCUGCGCUGCGAUCGCCUUGCUGCGCUACGAUCGCCUUGCUGCGCUACGAUCGCCUUGCUGCGCUACGAUCGCCUUGCUGCGCUACGAUCGCCUUGCUGCGCUACGAUCGCCUUGCUGCGCUACGAUCGCCUUGCUGCGCUGCGAUCGCCUUGCUGCGCUGCGAUCGCCUUGCUGCGCUACGAUCGCCGCGCGCUUUGACAACGAUAACUCCCCCGUAGCCAAUAAACUCAAUUGUUCAUCUCUAACGGAA